GAAGCUGUCGCGAAAAGCACCAUGGGUGGUCUUCAAGCUCGCAGAGACUUAUGGGAGCCUUAUUUACAAUAUGGCGGCGAUGUUGUGAAAGACGAUUGUACCAUUCAAGAACUCAUACAAAACUUACAAGUUCAGUGAUGUAAAUAACAACUUCUAGAACGAUCCAAGGUAGCAGCAAUGUUUAAUUGCAAAUGCAUCAAGAAUUUGGUUGGGUUCGCAAACUCUAGACCACCUUGUGUCGUGUUCACUGCUUGUUUGGCAGUGUUUGCGGUUGGCCUAUUUUCUCUUGGCUACUACAUGCAAGUUGGAGUUUUCGAUGAGGAGAAUACGGAUUGGAGAAUGUUCAUUGGCAGCUUAGCGCAGAAGGAAUUUUGUAUGUUUAGCAACAACACUCUGAACAGCACCCUAAACUACACAGUAAGCGAGAACUUGACACUCUCUGCUAGCUUGAUCCCUGUGACAUUACCAAUGAUUCUCCGUGUAUACCCGGGAAAUCUUUUCCUGGGGACGGUCACCAAUGUUAGCCAUGUUACAACUAUUGUGAGAGGUGGAGAGCUUGGAUUGUCUGGCGCAAUGCAUUCUCAACCAGUGAACUUGACCUUCAAACUGGAAAAGCAUUGGUCGGUAUCAUGCGAGGGUGUGGCCUGCCCUAAUAGUGGAUUUGCGGCAUGUGGAGUUGUCUCAUUACCAGCAGAGAUCAUUCCAGCAGACAUGCCACACAAUUACUGCAAUGUGUCAUAUGAACCAGUGUCUGCAAUGGUGGAAAUGACAUCCGUGGGGAGCUGCUCCAAGAGCAAUGUUCUGGUCAAGACAUCUGUACCCAGAUACUUGGAGGAUCAUACCACAGAGAAAUGGGUAGAUGUUGGAAAUAAUGAAUGGGAGACCGUGAACCUUCGCCUGCAGUACUCCAGCUACUUUCUGUUUGUGAUGGUUAUCACCUGUAUACUCUAUGGCAUGAUUAAAGGCAGGCCUGUCAAGAACUCCAAAAAGAUAGGAGGUCAGACAAUAUGAGGAAAACAGCUCAAAUUAAAGCAGGCCUUCCAAGAAUUCAAAAAGUUAGAAAGUAGUAAUCUGAGUAAAAGAGCAUCCAGCCAAGAACUUAAAGAAGAAGGAUGUUCAGAUAGUCUUCAAUGAGAUGGCUCAUGUACAUAAUCUAGGAUAAUCUUAAAAAGGCAGUUAAUUCAGCACAUUAAUAGUAAAUUGUGUGUUUUAGUUUAUAUAGUCUUCAGGACUGCCAUGUUAGGUGAUCAUUUAGCAUAUAGCAGAGAAGUAGCAGGGGGUGGGACACUGGGGGCAACUGGCCCCCCAGUAAUUUGAAAAAUUAUAAGGAAAUGACCAGUAAAGGUGUGGCUGUGCCCCCCCCCCCCAAUAUUUCGAGGCCUGCUACUGCCCUGUAUAGCACUGUGAAAAAUGUGAAAGUGUCAAGGAAAAUUGAUGCAGCUGUAAUAGGAAUGCAAAAAAAUAUAUUUAUGUGCCAUAUAGCAACAAAGAAAUACACUUAUAAUUCUGUUAUUUAGUGGGUAGUACUGUACAAUCCUUUUUUAUCUUUUAUAGCAACAAGAAAAAACACUAUAAUUCUGUUAUUUAGUGUGUAGUGUUGUACCAGGAAAACUGGUACUCUUUUGCAGAGUUGAGUACCAGUUCUUUGGUGUACAUGAUCAUGACCUGGCUGUUUGGGUAUUUUGAUUGAUUUAUCAUUUGGUUCAGAUGGUUAAGGCCUAGAAAAUUAUCAGAGAUUGUUGUUAGAAUUCACCAAAACAGGAACUCAUCAUUUCAAUUUGUUGCUCAGCCUAGUCCCAGGCUUACUGGGUUUCCAGUGCUAGUAAAUGACUGUGAUUUAGUGUUGAGCCCAGGACGAGCACACCACAGGAAUGCCUGGGAUUUUUUGUUGUUCACACGUUCUUCAGAGGUAUCUGCAGACAGAGCCGUAACAGGCCUCGAAUUAUCAGGGGGGGGGGAGGGGCACAAUGAGAAAACAUUAGGGGCACAGUCAUACCCUGGUACUGGUUAUUCCCUUAAAAUUUUUGAAAAUAUGUGCCCCACCCCCUGCUAUGGCCCUGACAGAUUUUCAGGCCUUGAAACCAACACUUGAUUUUGUUCCUUGUAUAAAAUUGAAUAGCGGCACAUAGGGAGGUACUAUAAUUUGUUGGUGAACAGUAGGCACAAGGUAUACACCAAUAAACAAAAAUAUCAAAGUUAUUGUUUAUUUAACAUAUGCACAAUUACUGUGAUAUAAAUUAUGCCUAGCUUACAUCUGCUGUCUACCAAAUUGGUUUAUAUGUAAAAUUAUGCCAUAAAAUGCUUUCUAUACCAUAACUCUGUCAUUAUCAGCCUCAACCAUUCUUACAAUCCAUAGCCAUCUACAGAUUCCAUUAACAGCUGUUUACUUAGCGAACAGUAGUAGUAAUCAGCUAGCUGAUUAGUGACUCUACGCGCACAAUAUAUCUUGGGCCAAAAUUUGAUUGUGAGAGGUGGCAGCUUUGUGUCAAUAAAUGUCGUUUUCAUAAUUGAAUUUGGUUUUGAGUGAUGUCUGGAAUAAACAAUGUCAUUGAUUAUUCUAGCCUGCUAGCCGGCUCUCAUUGUGGGGUAUUCAGAAAUGUUUUAUUUUCGAUGAUAUAUUGGGAACCCUAAUAAAAGAUGAUAUUCUACAACUGUA